AUGUUCACAUAUUACUAUGGACUGACCAACAACUACGGUGAUUUCGAAACCAUACCGUGGGAGAAACAGAAAACCCCCUCCAAACAUGACAAUCAUAAUGCCAUAAUAACCCGAAAACAGCCAACGGAAUGUUCUCUCUGCUUACACUUACGUCGUACUGCAACUGUAUUAGUGUGUCCUAUAAAGGAAUGCAGUGUUGACUCGUGUCUGUACCGUGUUUGUUGUGUCUCGAGCAAACGAUCUCGUGCCAUGUUUACCGCCAAUUGUUGGAUAAAUGUCAUUACACCAUGUACAAUAAUAGUUACGAUCGCCUAUUAUUUCUGCGUGUCGACUUUCAAGAAAUGGGAAAAGCUGAACGUGCCUUACAUUAAACCGAUUCCGUUGUUUGGAAACUUUUUGAAUAUAGCCUUGGGAAAGGACCAUCCGUUGGAAUUUUACAACAAAAUCUAUUACGAGUUCGCCGGUCGCAAAUAUGGAGGAUUGUUCCAGAUGAGGACGCCUUAUUUAAUGGUUCGCGAUCCAGAAAUAAUCAACGACGUGAUGAUAAAAGACUUCUCGUCUUUCCCCGACCGUGGUAUUUACUCGGAUUUCACGGCCAAUCCGUUGUCAAACAACCUGUUCUUCAUGGAGAACCCUCAAUGGAAAACAAUAAGAAACAAAUUGAGCCCCGCUUUCACGUCGGGAAAGCUGAAGACGAUGUACGAUCAGAUCAAAAAGUGCGGCGACGAAUUGAUGAAAAACAUCGAUAUAGAUUUAAAUAAAAACGGUAACGAAAUAGAGGUAAGGGACAUCCUGGGAAAGUAUUCGACCGACGUCAUCGGCACUUGCGCUUUUGGGCUCAAGCUGAACGCCAUAAGCGACGACGAAUCCCCAUUUCGUAAGUACGGCAAAUCAAUAUUCACACCUUCACUAAGGAUGCUUUUCAGAGAACUGUGUUUGAUGAUUACUCCUGCACUUUUGAAAGUCGUAAGAGUGAAAGAUUUUCCAACGGCCGCCACUGACUUUUUUCACGGGGCGUUUAAAGAAACGAUGGAGUAUAGACUUGAAAAUAAAAUAGUCAGAAAUGACUUCGUUCAUUGUUUAAUGCAAGCAAGAAAUGAUUUAGUUUUGAAUACCAAUUUACCUAAACAUGAAAAAUUCACUGAAACACAAAUCGUAGCAAAUGCUUUUGUAAUGUUUGCUGCUGGUUUUGAAACUGUAUCCACUACUGUAAGUUAUUCUUUAUAUGAAUUAGCAUUAGAUAAAUCUAUUCAAGACAGAGCACGCCAAGAGAUUCAACUAAAACUGUCCAAAAAUGACGGACAAAUUAACCAUGAAUUUUUGAUGGAUCUUAAUUACUUGGAUAUGGUUAUAGCGGAAACACUCCGUAAGUAUCCUCCACUGGUUGCUUUGUUCAGAAAAGCAUCACAAACAUAUAGAAUACCCAACGAUUCUUUAGUAAUUGAAAAGGGCCAAAAAAUAAUAAUUCCAAUUUAUGCAUUGCAUUACGAUAGUCAGUAUUACACGGACCCUGAAAAGUUUAUUCCUGAAAGAUUUUCGGCUGAAGAAAAAGCAAAACGGCCAAGUGGCAUUUAUCUUCCAUUUGGCGACGGACCUCGAAUGUGUAUAGGAAAACGUUUCGCAGAGAUGGAAAUGAAAUUGGCUUUUGUUGAAAUAUUAACCAAAUUCGAAAUAUUUCCAUGUGAAAAAACAGAAGUUCCUCUAAAAUAUUCUAAUAAAGUUUUAACAUUGAUGCCAAAACAUGGGAUUUGGCUAAGAUUUAAUAGAAUUAAUUGA